ACAAGGGUAAUUAAUUAAAUUAAUAUUUGACUAGACAAUUGUUAUUACUGCAUUGAGUAGAGCCAAGAGAAGGUAGAGUCAGUGAUUCAGGCUAGGAAGGAUUCUUAACAAUGGGUGAAGAAGCUCCAAAGCUUUACAACAGCAAACCCAAGAAGGCUAAGCUUAAACAAUUUCAAGAACAACAAAAAGGAAAAGAUUUUGCUUCUUCAACAACACCUCCACAAUCAUCAUCAGCUGCUGCAACGUCAUACACAAUGGGGUCGAGCUCUGCUGCUUCGCCUCCUCCACCUCCAAAAGAGUCUUUUGCUAGGCGUUACAAGUUCCUCUGGCCCCUUCUUUUGACUGUUAAUCUUGCUGUUGGAGCUUACAUGUACAUGAAGACCAGUAAAAAGGAUGAAAGCAUAACUGAGGAAGAAGGGGCAAAAGAUGUGCCCUCAAUUCCAGUUUCAGCUACAGCUGCAGCAACUGCUGUGAUCACUGAAAACCCCGUUGCAGAGUUUGUGAAGUUACGUGAACCAAUUCCUGUGGAUCAGCAACGAGAACUUUUCAAGUGGAUUUUGGAAGAGAAAAGGAAGGUCAAACCAAAGGAUCCUGAAGAAAAGAAGCGUAUUGAUGAAGAGAAAGCCAUUCUCAAACAAUUUAUUCGUGCAAAAUCUAUUCCAAGUAUUUAGCUAACUGAUUACCUGCUUAUUAAACAUUACUGUGAUAAAAUAGUUUGGAUUUUACUUUUGAAAUAUCAGAUUUACUUUCUCAUUGCAAUUCAA